UACUAAACCAAAGCCGAAAGAAAAAAAAUACUCAAAAUUAAAAAGCAAAACCAUUUCAUCGACACAGCGCCCACAAAACCGCAAAAUCCUCCGCCGCCUCCUCCGGCCGGUAGCGCACGCCGCCGACCACCCGCCGCCGCGGACGCGACGCCUCCUCUCCCCGAUUCGGCCCCGGAUCACAUGCGGCCACUACCCCGAUGUCAUCCUUCCAGCUUCUCCUCCACUCCUUGCUCUUGCUUCUCGUCGUUGGCGGCGUCGCGGGCGGCGGCGGCGGAGGUGGUCGCCUGAGGGCGCCUUCGCUGGAAUUCCACCACCGGUUCUCUUCUCCGGUGCAGCGGUGGGCGGAGGCGCGCGGGCACGUGCUCCCCGGAGGCUGGCCGGAGCACGGCAGCGCCGAUUACGUUGCGGCCCUGAACGGGCACGACCGCCGCCGCGCGCUCUCAGCAGCCGGCGGCGACGGUGGAGGAGGAGGAGACAAGCCCCCGCCGCUCACGUUUUCUGAGGGAAACGCCACCCUCAAGGUCAGCAACCUCGGAUUCUUGCACUAUGCGCUUGUGACGGUCGGCACGCCGGGCCAGACGUUCAUGGUGGCGCUGGACACCGGGAGUGACCUCUUCUGGCUGCCGUGCCAGUGUGAUGGGUGUACGCCGCCGGCUUCGGCCGCUUCUGGAUCGGCUUCCUUUUACAUCCCUAGUAUGUCGUCAACAAGCCAAGCAGUUCCUUGCAACAGCCAAUUUUGUGAGCUGAGAAAGGAAUGCUCUACAACAUCACAGUGUCCAUACAAGAUGGUUUAUGUUUCUGCAGACACAUCUUCUUCUGGUUUUCUAGUAGAGGAUGUGCUCUACUUGUCAACAGAGGAUGCCAUUCCUCAAAUUCUCAAGGCGCAAAUACUAUUUGGAUGUGGACAGGUUCAGACAGGAUCAUUUCUGGAUGCUGCUGCUCCAAACGGUCUAUUUGGACUUGGGAUAGAUAUGAUAUCAAUUCCUAGCAUUCUAGCACAAAAAGGUCUGACAUCUAAUUCCUUCGCAAUGUGCUUUAGCCGUGAUGGUAUUGGGAGAAUUAGCUUUGGAGAUCAAGGCAGCUCAGAUCAAGAGGAGACACCACUAGAUGUUAACCCACAACAUCCUACAUAUACGAUCAGCAUCAGUGAGAUUACAGUUGGAAAUAGCCUCACGGACUUGGAAUUUAGUACUAUUUUCGACACAGGAACGUCGUUCACAUACUUGGCAGACCCAGCUUAUACAUAUAUAACACAGAGUUUCCACGCACAAGUUCAUGCAAAUCGCCAUGCCGCUGACUCAAGAAUUCCUUUUGAAUAUUGCUAUGAUCUGAGCUCCAGUGAAGAUAGGAUUCAAACUCCUAGUAUAAGUUUGAGAACAGUGGGUGGAAGUGUAUUUCCCGUUAUUGAUGAAGGGCAGGUUAUCUCCAUUCAGCAACAUGAGUAUGUUUAUUGCUUGGCGAUUGUCAAGAGUGCAAAACUCAAUAUAAUUGGGCAAAAUUUCAUGACUGGUCUUCGUGUUGUGUUCGAUCGAGAAAGGAAAAUUCUUGGUUGGAAGAAAUUCAAUUGUUAUGACACUGAUAGUUCAAAUCCUCUUUCUAUCAAUUCACGGAAUUCUUCAGGUUUCUCCCCUUCAGCACCUGAGAAUUACUCCCCCGAGGAAACAAAGGGUGGGAACCCAGCAAGCGUUACACAGUUGAGACCCCUUAGUAAUUCCAACCCAGUAAUGUGGUAUGAUAGUUUAGUCUUCAGGUUUCUUUUGGUCAAUUUGGCCGCUCUGAUCCUCUUCUAAUUUGUUUCGGGAUGACCUGAAUGUAAAUUAGUUAUCACGAUUACUGUAGAUGCACUAGAAGCUGACUAGAGAAUACAACAUAGAGAACAGUACUGUAUACACGUCCUGUAAAUACCGUCCUUUGUGUCGACAAUAUUGUGUCAAAAGCAAUUAAUUUGUGAUGCCGAUUUUUGAUGGCUCACACUGUACGAGUUCCGUUUUCGGUCUUCGUUUUUUCCUUGUCAA